UUACUGAGAGCUAACAGAUUGUCUUCAUCAUGACCAUCAUCAUCAUCUCUCUGCUCCUGCUGGUUUCUCUGGUGCCAGACCUGACCUACACUGCUCGUGUGGGUAUAGAGGACGGCACUGAAGCUAAACCUCACUCCAGACCUUACAUGGUUUCUCUUCAGAUAAAAGGCUGGCAUAUCUGUGGUGGAUCCCUCAUUACUGAACAGUUUGUCUUGACUGCUGCACAUUGCUGGGAAAAAGGGGAUGUCAUCACUGUUGUGGUUGGCGCCCAUGAUUUGAGUGGAAAUAAAACUUACGACAGCUUUGAUGUGACAUCCUACAUCCCACAUCCCGACUAUAAACAGAGUUCUUAUAAGAAUGACAUCCUGCUUUUGAAGCUAAAUAAAAAAGUCACACUGAGCAACAAUGUUGGACUGAUAUCGCUACCAAAGGAAGGAGAAAAUGUUGAAGCAGAUACUCUCUGUAGUGUUGCUGGCUGGGGAAGACUGUGGGUCAGAGGCCCAAGACCUGGUCAUCUCAGAGAGGCAGAUACAGUGAUAAUGACUGAUGAAGAGUGUAAACGCAGAUGGGAAAUUAAAUUUAAGGUCUCAAAGAUGAUCUGUGUUUAUGGCCAUGGAGGAUCCUGCAGUGGGGAUUCAGGAGGUCCUUUGGUUUGUGGAGACACUGUUGUUGGGGUCACAUCCUUCACUGACCGUUAUCUCUGCAAUUCACGUUUGCGUCCGAAUGUGUAUGCUAAGAUUUCAGCAUAUAUUCCAUGGAUCAAAAUGAUAACUGAAAAUGUUUAGUGACAUCUUGAAGAAUGACUAAAAAAGGAAGACGUGUUUUUUCUUGAAUUCUUCCAUAAAUCUUUCAAUAAAAGAUUUCAUCAUGAUCAAGCAUC